AUGGACACAGCCACCUCCUUCAGAUGUGCCUCUGAUCGACUCUGGAGGUACCUUAAAGAGCAAGAUCCCAAGUAUGAAGGGAAGAAGAAACUCAAGAUCACGGGCAGAGAACUGGUGUCUGUUCCUCCAGAGGUCUUUGGCUUAGACCAGCUGCAGGUCCUGGAGAUGAGCCCAGAACGAGAGAGUUGUCUGAAGUAUCAGCUGGAGCUGCUCCCCCGAGAGAUCAGCCACCUCCAGAACCUAACCUGUCUCUACGUGGACUCCAACAACUUGAAGAAAAUCCCUGCUGAAAUUGGCACUUUGAGUCACUUGGAGAGGCUCACUCUGAGCAAUAACAGCCUGAGCUCACUGCCCCCAGAAAUGGGAGCACUUCAAAAGCUCCACAGCCUCCACCUGGCCAACAACAGCCUCACCGAAGUGCCUCCAGCCCUCUGCCAGCUGAGGAGCCUCACCUUUCUAGAUGUGAGUGACAACAAAAUAUGCACAAUCCCCUCUAGCAUCCGGCAUCUGGAGAAACUGGAAACAUUGCUAUUGCUCUUCAACUCACUGGAGAGCCUGCCUGAGGAUGUCUGUCUUUUGAGGAACCUCUGCACCCUUUGGUUGGGAAACAACCGUCUACGGUCCCUUCCAGCAAGUUUUGGGGAGCUGGUGAACCUGGACUGGGGACACAAUUAUUGUUCAUGCAACUUUGAAGGGAAUCCACUGGAAUGUCCUCCCCCUGAAGUCUGCAGCAGAGGCCCCAGAGAGAUAAGAGACUAUUUCUUGUCAUUCCAUAGGACUCAGAGAGACUAA